UUUAAGCGCAUCAAGAAGACGAGCACGCAUCCGACGUUUAUUUUUGCGGAAUACUCUAUGGAUUGUUACUUUCGCCAAAAAUGGAAGGAUGAACGAUUGAAAUUCAAUCGAUUUGCCACUCAAUCGAAGCAGGACGUGGCUAAUAUCUCACUUUCGAUCAAAAUGCUCGACAAAAUCUGGAAGCCUGAUACUUACUUUUUGAAUGGCAAGGGGUCAUACCUUCACACGAUCACUCAACCAAACAAACUACUACGAAUUAGCCACAAUGGCGACGUCCUCUACUCAAUGAGACUAACUAUAAAGGCGAAGUGUCCCAUGAAGCUCGAAAGCUUCCCGAUGGACCGCCAAUCAUGUCCACUUUGGUUCGGAAGCUAUGCCUAUCCUGAAGAACAAAUUCGCUUUGAGUGGAUCAACGUAGAAUUCGUGAAGGGCAUGGUUCUCUCACAAUAUGAUCUUAUUGAAAUUCCAAAGAACAACGUGUCACACAGGGUUAACAGCGAUAUGCACUCCAUGUUGGUCGUCUAUUUCAACCUUCACAGACAUAUGGGUUAUUUUUUGAUUCAGGUGUAUGUGCCCUGUAUCCUAUUGGUUGUCCUUUCAUGGGUGUCAUUUUGGAUUAAUAGGGAGGCUACGGCUGAUCGUGUGGGGCUUGGAAUUACGACUGUGUUAACGCUAUCCACGUUCGGCUCAGAUACACGAACCGAUUUGCCCAAGGUGGCCUACCCGACCGCGUUGGAUUGGUUUGUGAUCAUGUGUUUUGCAUUCGUCAUGCUGACAUUACUUGAGUACGCCGGGGUGCAUUAUUUUACCAAAGUAGGAUCGGGCGAGUACUUCCCCGGACAGGAAGGGAUUGAGGAUGACAGCGAACAAGAAUUCGAGCGCUGCGACAUGGAAGACGAUGAUGAUGACGACCCGCAAUAUUUGAAACGAGGACACUCCGACGUAGAAAGAUACGUAUGGACCGAGGUCAACGCGUGCAACCAGGUUAGCUGUUACCCGCAGAACACGGAUUUCGGAACCGGCAACGCCGGGAUGCGAUACCGGGCAUGCAGUGCUCCUUUUGUACAGACCUCGCGCGGUUCAAUUCGAAUACAGAAUGUCAUCGGCGGCACGGGUAGUUUGCACCCACUAAGAUCCGGUACUCAACAACCGAUACCAGCAAUGCAAUACAUACCGCCCCCACCGAGGCCAGCUCGCAGAAGAGUAAAUCGUUGGCUUCAGUUCCUUUAUUGCAUUGCAGGCAAUAAAAGGUACCGCGACGAAAUGCGUCGAAGUGCUCCCCGAGGCCAAACAGCAAAUUCAGUCUCAAAAAUUGAUCGUUGCUCUAGGAUUCUCUUUCCCGUCAGUUUUAUAGUUCUUAACGUGCUUUAUUGGGUUGGAUAUACCCAGUUUGCUGAAGAUGGUUGGCAGCGAACUAGCGAUACUUAAGCGAUAUUUCGUAUGCCAUCUUCAAAUGUCUGUAAAAAAGGAUUAUAGAAACCGAUGCGAAUGCACAGCACGUAUGUUGUAAACUUCAGAUCCAGAUCCUAUAAGGUAUCUUUCUCACUAGUAACAAUCUGAUAUUUUUACAGACGAAAGAAAUUGCCCAAUUUUGAUAUAGACUUGGCGAUGUAUGAGGGCAUUCUAAGCAGCGUUACCUAAAAGAGGCCUCUUUAAAGACCUGACAAUUGACUAAACACUGCUGCGAUUGUUAUGGAGUCGAGGUCGUCUUUCUAACGUGACACAGACGAAAUGAAACAAGAUGUUGAGCUUGCAGGUAGACAGGCACUGGUGGACGCCAAAGUUAAAAGCAGAAUUUCGAAACAGCUUGUACAAUAGGUUCGUUAAUCCCUUUCACUUAUUAUCUUACUAUACUAUUAUUAUAGUGUAUCAUAUUAUUACCUUCUUAUUAUUCUUCUUACUAAUGUCUAUAAAUACUUUCAGCAUAUACAGCUGAUAUCGAGAAGAAAUUAAGCUUUAACGUGAAAUGGUCGUUUCCCUCAUGCUAGAUUCACUUUUUUUGUGUUCAUUAAUAUUCUAGUUAAUUUGCUCUGAAAUAUAUCGAUACGAACCCAGAAGUGGGUCAUG